AUGCUGCGCCGGGUCUCGGACGCCGACGACUACGAGGUGCGCUUCGACGCGCCGCGGAUCGGCCUCACGCUCGAGCUGCACGAGAUGGACCAGCGCACGAUCCGUGUCCAGGGCGUGACGGGGCCCGCGCUCGACGGCGGCCCGCCCAUCGACAGUGGCGAUAUCCUCCUCGCCAUCAACGGCGCGCGCGUCGUCGGCCUCCCCGAGACGGUCGCCGCGCUCAAGGUCGCGUCGCGGCCGCUCGUCCUCCGCCUGCGCCGGCGUCCGCGCUGCCUCGAGCUGCCGCCCAACUUUACACUCCAGCGACACGAAGGCGGCGACGACGACAGUCUCUGCGCCGUCGUCUCGACUGCAUCCUCCGACGACAUCGGGAGCUCGGCCAAGACGACGUCGAGCCUCGGCCCGCCGAUUCGCGCGCGGCGCCUCGAGUGGUUUCGCCCCGCCACGUGGGCACCGCCACAGGCGCGCUGGACGCCCGAGACGCGACAAGUGCUGGUCUCGUGGCCGCGGCCACCGGCCAGCGCCAACCAUCGACUGUAUGUGUCGCGCGACUGGCCCGUCCGCGUCUGGCGGGUCUGCGCUGACGUCGCGGUGGCCCGCAGCGACGCGACCAUCACAUGUGCUGUCGGCGGCUUGGAGCCUGGCAAGAGCUACGUCUUUCGUCUCCGGGCAACGCGAGGAGCGUUGAGCAAGGCCAGCGCGCCGAUCGCGGUGCCACGCACCCGUUAG